GUUCGAAUCCCACCGUGGCCGGGCAUAUUUUUCAAGCUCGCCCGGUGUGGAUAUACACUCAGAGUAACACCACAAAUAUCAUAUUCACCUGAGUACACUACACCAACACAGAAAAAAAAAAAUUCAUAUUACUAGAAUGCAUUGGUAUCGAAGGAACUAGAUUCUGUUCCGAAAUAUCACUUACUCGAACCGUCCUGCCCGCGUAGCUCAGUUGGAAGGGCAUUGGGCUAGUAUUCCAAAGGUCGUAGGUUCGAAUCCCACCGUGGCCGGGCAUAUUUUUCAAGCUCGCCCGGUGUGGAUAUACACUCAGAGUAACACCACAAAUAUCAUAUUCACCUGAGUACACUACACCAACACAGAAAAAAAUUGAUAUUAGAGAGUUUAAGCUUCGCGUUAUACGUCAAACGGUAAACGCCAGGCAAAGAAACAUUUUACGGUAUCAGGCAAUAAAGAAUAAAUGAACUUAAUUGCUGUUUUAAAACUGAGAUACAUAAUUAUUCUUUAGACGCAACAAAGAAAAUAUGAAACGAAAACGUUCAACGAACAUUUUGCCAAGAAAGUUUGAACCUGCCGUUUGUUGUUCUGGUGAACGUGAAGCUUAAACUCCCUAUUAAUUAACCGCCUAUAAUUUUACAAUGUUUGGAAUUUGAUCCAUUUUCUUUCUUGCAGCUGUUACCAAACCUCACGAUUAUAUGUUCCCUUAUGAUUUCAAGAAUGUACUGAAAAAAACAAGUAAGUUACGUGCAGUAAAAUUUGGUAUUCCCUGCUUACCUACCUAACACAAAAUUUAUUCUUUUAUACCGUAUAAUUUACAUAAGAUCGUUUUCAUCUCAAUAUUAGGAUAUGAACGUGGAAGUAUGUAGCACAUAGAGGGCACUUCUUAGAUUUGUUAUGGCCAGACUUCAAAAACUUGACCCAGAUGUAUUAGUGGUUAGUGGUACACUUCGUAGUUUUCAAACAUGCACACCUACUGUAAGCAGGAAUUAAUACAAGCACUUUUCUGCUUUCAGUGUACGGUAGUAAAAACUCGAAGUUUUGAAACUCAAUCUUUUUGCGUAAUUAGAUUUUUCUCAAUAUGCUUUGAAGAAUUUGGCUAAUGGGAAUAAAUAACUGCAAAAGGAAGAAAGUACUUCAUCGUGGUAUAUUCUUCAACACGCCAUAAAAAUCCUCUUAAAAACGGUUAUAUUUUUGCUGAAAGGUGCUGUCUGAAUGCGGGAUAUAGAGACAAAAUCAAUUUUACUGGAGUGGGGGUGACGUUCUUCUUCUAAAACUGCAUUUUCUUCCGAAAAAAUGGUAGCAGACUAAAUUGCUUGUAUAUUAAUCCCUGCUAAAUUGACCACUUGCGUAAUAGACAAAAUUUUGAUCUCAACAAGUCUAGACAAAAAUUUAUUACAGCUUGAAAGAGCAUCACAAAAUUAGUAAUAUUCCAAAGUUUCGUUGCGAAAUGUUGUAAAAUGCGGAUAAUAUAACCUUGCGAAGUUUGCCGUUUUUCAGUCAUUUUCUAUUACAAACGGGAAAAAGACAGCCCCAAAGGGCUGCCAAUUUCCCCCCGCGUAAUGCAAAAUGACUGAAAAACUGCCAACUUCGCAAGACUAUAUUGUCCGCAUUUUACAACAUUUGGAAUAUUACUAAUUUUGUGAUGCUCUUUCAAGCUGUAAUGAAAUAUUUGUCUAGACUUGUUGAGAUCAAAAUUUUGUCUAUUACGCAAGUGGCCAAUUGUAGAACAGUCUGCCUCCAUGGGAAGACACAUGCUCCAUCUUGCAUACGCAGCCUAUAGAGCAGGGGUGAACCAGUGAGCUGUUUAUUUUAAUCGUACUGUAAUGUUUUGUAGGGUCAUGACAUUAGUAUUUUUGAUUUGGAUGUUUUAUUGCACAGAAUCAAUGCUUGCAAGGUAAAACUGAUAUUUUGUUAGACUAUUUAUAACUUAAAAUUAUUGUAUUAUUUGAAAUACCUGUGGCCAGUGCAAUGGCGAUUCAUACUGUAAUCGGACAUUUCGGUACCAAUUUGCCAAUUUUCAUUUCAGAUACCAAAUUGGUCACGUAUGGGAAGACUGCGAAGACAAGUUAUGCCAAAGCUCUCAGUGCGUAUUUUCUUAGUGUAUAUUUUAUGUUCACAACCAAAUCCUUGCAGAAUGAAUGAUUGCGUAGGGGUAUACAGUACCUCAGACAGACUAGGGGUAUAACUAGGUGUAUAACCAAAUCAGAGUGAAUGAUUGGCUAGGGGUAUAUAAUCUCCUCUUAGGGCACUCAGACGUCUUCUAAUGUAAGUACACUGCCAUUAACAUCAGGUAUUCUUUCAGUUUGGCUCCAAAGGUGGCUUUGCUGAACGUACAGCGACGUGUGGUAGACUUGUCUGUGACGUCAAAGUUUCGUCUCAAGAAUUAAUACGAUGUAAAAGUUACGAUCUCACAGGUAAGAGUGGAUUCCGCACCACUGUCGAUCAUACUUUAAGCUUGUAAUGACUACAUAUUUUUAGUUCUAAUGCUGCGCAGUUGCAUACGCACGGAUCAAACGAGGAUGAGAGGGCACGUGAGUUGGAGUCACGCGACUUUGGUUGUAGUUGUUCUUAAUGCUUUCCCAAGAUAUAUUCUGUGAUUUCUAUUUGAGUUCGAACAUAGUUGGAACACUCAUCAAACCUUCAUUUUGUUAAUUUAGAGCUUGGAGUAUCCCCCGCAACAAUGCCUGAUUACCAAGAACUCUCAUCUUCGUUUGACGGAGGCUUUACCACUUAUACUGACCAAUCUAUUUCUAGUCUUAUUAAAGUAUCCCCUUGAGUGUUCUAAAUCGUCCUCGAAAAACAUUGUGUAAAUAGAAAUAAUCUGAUACACAUUCAAACCAAGAAAGCCAUUCCUGGGACUCAGGCACAUAACCGCUUACCAACCUUUAGCUGUCCACCAACAUUCUUUCACUCCAACGUAAGAUCCUUAAAUGCUAAGAUUGAUGAUUUGCAAACUGUCACCCAACAAAAUAACGUAGAUGUAAUCGCCAUAACAGAACCUUGGUUAAAUUCUAGAAUCACCGAUGAUCCAAUAUCCCUCCCAGGCUACUCUACCGGGUGGCCCAAAAAAAAGUACUCCUGUUUGAUUCGUAAUAACAUCUAAACAAGUAUAGCUUUUAAAGAGAAAUAACUUGCAUCAAAUAGAGGAAGGACUAACUUAGACUUUGAUAUAUUACAGUUGUAUUUCACUUAAAAAUUCACGGAGAUAUUAAUCUUUAAAUUCGGGAGGAUAUUUCUGGAUGUGUCUGAAAUAUGCAAAAAUCGGCGUAUCAAAUAUUAAUCAAGAUUUGCCCGACUGAAACAUGCACUAUUACCAGUAAAUAAAUGACACUUGACAAAUUGUUUAUUAUGAAACAAAGUAUUAUUAUAUCUACAAAAUACAAGCAAGAUUCAUUCGUCCGAAAUUCGCGUGUGUUCCUAGCACGAAUACGUUUCCUUAUUUCAUGAGACCACUGCAUCGCGAAGGAUCGUCAUUGGAUCGUUCGUAGUUCUGAAUUAGGGCAUGCUGUCACAACGGAAUUGUGAAGCUCUUCUAACUUCUGCAACGUUCUGAAAUCUUGUUAAGAACACCCAAACUCUUUUGCCGUUUCUUAAUCUUGGCAAGUUCAUGGAGUAAACUGAGAAUUAUAUGAAACACAAUCAAACCAUACAACUCCAUAAGACAUAACAAUUAAGCAACUCCCCAGAGACAUGCAACAUUUUUGGAACAAAACGUAACAAAAUAGUAGCGUUGAUACGGUGAUGUGUAUUUGCAAAAAGCAAUAUUAUUUCCUUCAAUAAAGAAUAUUCAUCCUGCUCUAACCGAGAAAUAAUCUACUCAGUCUGUUUGAACCCAUUAAAAACAUAAAAAAAUUAGGCUAUUUAAGAAUACGAAAAAUUUAAGCGCCUGCCUUCCAUGGUCAGUCUUUCAUGUACAUUUAAGUUUGCAAAGACCUAAUAUUAAAUACUUGCAUAAUUCCGAACGUUCAUAUUUCAGGAAACAAUGAGCUAAGACUUACAUGUAAGAUGUCUAAAUCUACGCCAUAUCCCUUACAAACCUUAACGAUAAUUCGCUGAAAUACAAGUUAGCCUAAUAUGUCAUUAAGCAAACAAACGCUGGAGUUAAUAUUUGAUAUGCCGAUUUUCGCUAAUUUUAGACACAUUCCAAAAUAUGCUCCCAUUUUUAACAUUAAUAUAUCCGUGAAUUUUUAAGUUAAAUACAACUGUAAUAUAUCAAAAUCUAAGUUAGUCCUUCCUCUAUUUAAUGCAAGUUAUUUCUCUUUAAAAACUUUACUUGUUUAGAAGUUAUUACGAAUCAAACAGGAGUACUUUUUUUUGGGCCACCCGGUAUUGUUCGAAAUGAUCGUGAAAAUGGCAAACGGGGCGGAGGAGUGCGCGCUUUUAUUAAGUCCAAUAUACCCUUUUCCACCCUUCCUAAUUUUAGUGUCCCCGACGUCGAAGGUGUGUGGUUAAAACUCAGACCUUACCGACUACCUCGCGAACUAUCCUGCAUCUUUGUUGGCGUGAUUUACCAUCCACCACUAGCAGACAACAAUAUCCUGCAAGAUUACCUUAUUUCCACGGUAGAUAAAUUAUUAUUAGAGCAUCCUAACGCAGGAAUUAUGAUAUUGGGUGAUUUUAAUCAUUUUGACUACAAAACAUUAUGCCGCCAUUCCUUCUUGAAACAAACUGUUAAGAAACCUACCAGGCAAUCAGCCAUUUUAGAUUUGAUCUUAACCAAUAUGCACCAGUGGUACAACGAACCUGAAAUCUUACCAGCAAUUGGCUUGUCUGACCACCUGUCCGUUCUUGCUACUCCUGCUGUUCAACCUAAACAACCCAAUAAUAUUAUUAAGAAAACUGUACGUAAAACAAAACCGUCUAGCAUAACAUCACUUGGAAAAUUCGUCAAGUCAUUGGACUGGAGUCACCUCUACCGCUUACCUUCUUGCCAAGAUAAAUGCGACCUUUUCUACAACCUACUUAUGUUAGGACUAGAUACCUUCCUGCCAAAGAAAAAGGUUGAAGUUCAUUGUAGGGAUAAACCAUGGAUCACUCCGGAUUUAAAAAAGCUUAUAUCAGACAGACAACAUGCAUUAGCUGCAGGAAAUCGUAAUUUGUAUAAUCAACGUAGAAAUGAUGUCCGCACAGCAAUAAAACGAGCAAAACCUUCCUAUUUUCAAACUCAUGUUAAACAUCUUAAAACCGCUGAUCCAUCGAAAUGGUGGAAAGCCGUAAAAAAUCUGGCAGGCUACACUUCAGAUAAGUCCUUUCAUUCUGUGAUCAAUGACAACCGAAUAUUAGAAGGUAAAAACCUAGCAAACGCUAUCAAUGAAUCAUUUGUUGCUGUUAACAAGUCUAUGCCCCCUCUUUCCGAAUUCGAUAAACAAUUCCUUAUAGCGCCUUGCGAAUACCACAUCCCAGUCGAACUAAUUGAACGUCGCUUAGAAAAAGUUAAAAUAUCAAAAGCGCCAGGCCCUGAUAGUAUACCUAAUUGGCUACUAAAAGAAUUCUCGGCUGAACUUGCUACACCAGUGGCAUCUAUCUUUAAUGCCUCCAUUGCCCAAGCUCAAGUACCUUCACAAUGGAAAGCGGCUGACAUUAUCCCUAUUCCAAAGACCCACCCAGUACAGGAUAUUAACAAUGACCUCAGACCAAUAUCUCUCACCGCUACGUUAUCUAAAGUUUUAGAGUCAUUUAAUGCAGAAUGGAUCCGUGAUAGCAUCUGCCAGAAACUCGAUCCAAAACAGUUCGGAGCAAUUCCCGGCUCCUCUUCAGUUGAUGCCUUAAUUAGCUUACUCCACUCCCUAUACGCUGACUCAGAUGGAAAUGGUAAAACUGCGUUUAUUCCUACUGGACUUCAGCAAGGCUUUCGAUCGGAUUAA